UGCCUACGCUGCCCAGGGGGAAAUUUUAUCGACACUGUGACAAACAGAAUUUUUAAAUCGAUUAUUAACCGAUAUUAGAGCAGAUAUGUUACGGGGUUGGAUACUGUGCCUCUUGGUAGCAUUCGCCUAUACAGAGGAUGAGCAUAAUAUCAGAAAGCGACAAGCCCCUGACUUUAUAGAUUUUGUCUAUAAUAUCUUAGAUGGAAUGCCACUUUCAUCCUGUUUCCAAUGCCCUUGGAUUCAGUCAACAAUAGACUGUUGCCACUUUCUUCCCCUUGGAGGACCUGAGUGGCAAACAACACGUUGUUCUCCCGGCCUCGCCUGGAAUCCCGAUGUCUGUAACUGCGACUACCCAGAGAACGUUCCAUUAUGCAACCCAGGAAGGGACUGCAUCUCUCUUCAAGAACCAGGGGUACCCCUACAAACGCCCACACCUGCGCCGUCAUGCCCCUUAAAUCUCGCAGAGGAUGAAUGUUGUCUGCCGAGAGUUGGUCAGUUCUACAAAAAGAUUAAUCUUACUCACUACCGGAUAAACAAUGGUCUGAUUCAGGGUUGCCCUCCUGGGCAGGAGUUUAGUGAAUUUGACUGUUGUUGUGAGGGACACGCAGUUCUGCCAAACCCGUGUAAGUUUUGGACUUUUGAUAGGAAGGUUGGAGAGGAAUACAUUGACAUAAAGCAACAGACAUAUGGUCAGUCUAUACGCGCUGAGAUAGGCAUAGGGGUAGACGAUGAAGGCAAAGGCCUUCAUAUGAACCCUAAUACUAUGAUGACAAUACCGUUCUUUGCCGGGGCGCAUUUGGGUAAAAAGUUCUCAAUUGCAAUAUGGGUGAAGUCGGAUUCGAAUAACAUUGGCAGUGCUGUGAUAAGUAACGGCAACAGAUUAAACGAUCCAACCGUUCUCUUGAUUAUGGUCGGGAAUAGUAUAGCAGGAGGUAUUGCAACACAGGAUGAAGAGUUCAUGGAUGCACUUGAUUUACCACUCACAAGCAUGGGAGGUGAUGGAUGGCAUUUUGUGGCAAUGGUCUACAACGAUCCAAUUCUUUCCUUCUAUAUCGAUGACCAACCAGCUAUCCAAUACCGCAAUGGUGGACCAAUCUUGUCCAACUACUGUCAACUGAAUAUUGGAGGUGUUUUGUUCCCAGAGCUCAACGUGGAUAACCUUGGGAUAUGUGACUUUGAUUGGACAGAAGCGCAGGUUGCGGAGUUCCAGAGCACCAAGAAUAUCCCUACAGAUCAACAGUUCACAGUCCGUGGUUAAAACAGGCCAUGGCACAACUAUUGACACAUUGCCUGUAGAGAGGAAUAAAUUCGAGGAAAUUGAUAUUAAACUCAUGAAAUAUUCAGUGUGCUGUGACGUUUGUAUUUUGAAGUAAUCAGCUUUGAUUGGUAUAUUGGUUUAAAUUGGAUCCUUAAUCUAAUAUCAAAUAAUUCACGCGUCCAAGCAGAAUCCUCUUCACCAACGAAUAAAUCUGGAAUACAAUAUUUUGGUAUCACACGAUCAUUAAUUAAUACAAGUUGAGGAGCUACUGAAAACACUUCUUCGAACCGUUUUAUUGCUUGGUUAAAUCAAGCGAAGUAUCGACAUGGAGAAGUUAAACUCCGCAGUAUUAAUUGGUCAAUAACAACCAGCAGUGAACAUUUUCACCCGACAAACAAUACUCUGGGUAUAAAACAUUUUAUUUUGUUCAUAUUCCAAAACAAUAUCUUCUAACGUGUUAGUUAGUUUCGAUAUCCUAACAACAUAUUUGAGUUGAGUUUAAUUAAUGUGCCAUUUAUUGUUGAAACUAUCAGUCAAAUGUGUGGUUAAUGAUUUGGACGCAUUAUUUGAUGACCUUCGAUACGAUGCUCAAAAUGGUUGAUUCAGAUAUGACCGUUCUCUAAUGAAAUCUCUCAACCAAUCAGAACGCAGUAUAGCCGUGCAUUAAUUCUUCAAUCUCCUUACAUAACACGAACGACCGUGAUCUAUGUAUUGUGUUGUACUGCGUGUCACAGCAAGUUUGGUUAUUUC